GCGCGCCGCGUCACGUGAUCGAUUCAAAAUGGCGCCGGUGUUGUUUUGAUGAAUAAGAGACUUUGUGUCAAAGGCAGGGGCCUCCCUUACAGAGGCCACGGGGCAUUGGGGAAAAUAAAAGAAAGGCAUUUCUCUUCCCUUUCUUCCUGAUCAGCAGUAACGUUUAUUUAUGUUUAUUAAAAUAGUUUGAGAUAAACUAUGCACUUUUGUUGAAAAAAGUAAGGUUUUAACGAAAAGGAACAAUAUACUGAAAGAAUGGAAGAACUUAGUGCUGAUGAGAUUCGUAGAAGACGUCUUGCACGGCUGGCUGGUGGACUGACUUCACAACCUACCACUCCACUUACCUCCCCACAGCGAGAAAACCCACCUGGAGUGUCUACAGCAACACCAAACAUAUCUCAAAAUAUGGCCCUAAGUGUACAGAGCAUGACUCCUGCCACAUCUCCUAUUGGAGCAACAGGAGUUGCACAUAGAAGCCAGAGCAGUGAAGGGGUGAGCUCACUCAGCAGUUCCCCAUCAAAUAGCCUUGAGAACCAGUCUCAGAGUCUCUCCCGCUCUCAGAGUAUGGAUAUCGAUGGUGUUUCCUGUGAGAAAAGCAUGUCUCAAGUGGAUGUAGACUCAGGAAUUGAAAAUAUGGAAGUUGAUGAGGGUGAUCGGCGGGAAAAACGGAGUUUGACCGAUAAGGAACCCUCAUUGGGCUCAGAUGUGUCAGAAGAACAAGCACUUUUGCUGAUAUGCAAAAUCUUCCGGGUCUCUUGGAAGGAGCGUGAUAGGGAUGUAAUCUUUUUACCUGGUCUGGCUGCAGAGUUUAAACAGAAUGCAAAAGAAGUGUUCUCAAAUUGGAAAGACUUGAUCGGCCAAAUUCUAAUGGAGGUUCUGAUGCUGUCCACUCAAAUGCCAGAAGACAACCCGUUUGCCAGUUUGACUGCCACCUCUCAACCUAUUGCAGCAGCUGCAAGGUCACCUGACAGGAGCUUGCCUCUUAACCCUCCAUCAAAUCAUGGAACAAGUCCGAUGUUUUGCAGCCCAGGUUCUUUUGGUGCCAGUUCUUUAUCAAGUCUAUAUGGAACCAGCCCAAGUUCUCGAUCCUUUGCAGCAAGCCAUCCUUCCAAGAUUGCAGGCAGUGCGAAUCAGCAGCCUAAGUUUGCAAGCCCCAUCUCAGUGAUGCCCAGUUCUCCAUGCCAACGUACUAUGGUUACUUGUUCAUCCUCCACUCAGGCCAGUUCUUCAGGACAGCCAUCAUUGACCAUGAGCUCCCCACCCUUAUUCUCAACUUCUCCCAGGCUAAGGAAUGUUGGUACAAAUCCACUGCCAAUCACACCUGCCUCUUCUAGUGCACAAACUGUGGCCAGUAGCCCUUCUUCAAUCCAAAUAAGUUCUCCAAGGCAACGACCCACCAUAAUGGGUCCACCGUUAUUUCCAGUCACUUCUCCAGCAACUUCCCGUUCUUCUGCACUGAGCCCGCUACCACCUAGUAUCUACAACAACCCCUUUUCCCUUCUCCUCUUCGCUCUUUCUGAUUUACCUGAGGACAGCAGUGAUGAUGAUGACGAUGAUGAGGAAGAUGAUGUUGAUUUGUCUAGUGUCCAGUUCGGUUCCAGUCUAGGCACAAGUGGUUCUUGCACAGAGUCCGGCAGCGAUCGUUUCACAAUUGAAGCAUGUAAGGAGACUGAAAUGUUGAACUACCUCAUAGAGUGCUUUGACAGAGUUGGAAUAGAAGAGAGAAAAGCUCCAAAGAUGUGCAGUCAACCAUCUGUUAGUCAGCUGCUCAGCAACAUCCGAUCCCAGUGUAUCUCCCACACAGCUCUUGUGUUGCAGGGGGCCCUCACACAGCCAAGGUCCUUGUUGCAGCAGUCGUUACUAGUACCAUAUAUGUUGUGUAGGAAUCUUCCUUACGGCUUCAUUCAAGAGCUAGUUAGAAUGACCCAUCAGGACUCCGAGGUAUUCAAACAGAUUUUUAUUCCAAUCAUACAAGGCCUAGCACUGGCUGUGAAAGAAUGUUCUUUAGAUGGCGAUAAUUUCAAGUAUCCACUUGUGGCAUUGCAAGAAUUAUGUGAAAUUAAGUUUGGGAAGAUGCAUCCUGUGUGCACUUUGGUGAUCUCACUUCCUUUGUUCUUGCCUGAUCCUUUAAGUCAAGGCACAGGCAGAGAGUUGCAGAGACUUUCGGUUCUUGGCUCUUUCUUCAGCCUGUCUGUGUUUGCAGAGGAUGAUACGAGAGUUGUUGAGAAAUAUUUCUCUGGACCUACACUGACACUUGAAAAUACUAGAGUUGUUAGUCAGUCCUUGCAGCAUCAUCUAGAAUCAGCCAGGACUGAUCUCUUCAAAAUUUUGCACAAUAUUUUACUUAAUGGUGAGACUAGAGAGUCUGCAUUAAAUUACAUGGCAGCAGUGGUAAAUCGCAAUAUGAAGAAAGCACAAAUGCAGACAGAUGACCGACUGGUAUCGACCGAUGGGUUCAUGUUGAAUUUUUUGUGGGUGCUACAGCAACUGAGCACAAAGAUCAAGCUAGAAACCGUUGACCCGAUGUACAUUUUCCACCCAAAGUGUCGCAUCAACAUACUAUCUGAUGAGACGCGUGUGAAAGCCUCUAUGGAAGACAUUAAAAGCUGGCUUUCUGAACUCAAUGAUCAGUCUAAGUUUGCUGAGCCAAAGUUCCCCACAGAAUGCUUCUUCCUGACACUACAUGCGCACCACCUUGCUAUCUUGCCAAGUUGCCGCCGAUAUAUAAGAAGACUGCGAGCUAUUAGAGAUCUAAACCGGACUGUGGAGGAACUGAAAAAUAGUGAAAGUCAGUGGAAGGAUUCUCCAUUGGCAAACAGACACAGAGAGAUGUUGAAGCGAUGCAAGACACAGUUGAAGAAAUUGGUGCGGAGCAAGGCAUGUGCUGAUGCUGGUUUGCUAGAUGAGAAUCUAUUGAGAAGAUGCCUCCAGUUUUAUGGCACAUUAAUUCAACUGAUCUUUCGUCUGGUUGAUCCACACUACCCAGACAUGACACUGCCCCUUAACCUAGAGAUCCCGAAGGUGUUUGCAGCAUUGCCUGAAUUCUAUUUAGAAGAUAUUGCAGAAUUUUUGCUGUUUAUUGUACAAUAUUCCCCUCAGGUUUUGUAUGAACCUUGUACUCAGGACGUUGUGACCUUCCUUGUUGUAUUUAUCUGUAGUCAGAACUAUAUCCGAAAUCCUUACUUGAUUGCCAAGUUGGUAGAAGUCAUGUUUGUGACAAAUCCAGCAGUUCAGCCUCGAACACAGAAAUUCUAUGAGAUAAUGGAGAAUCAUCCAUUGGCUACUAAACAACUUGUGCCUGCAUUAAUGAAAUUUUACACAGAUGUUGAACAUACUGGAGCAACCAGUGAAUUCUAUGACAAGUUCACUAUCCGUUACCACAUCAGCACAAUCUUUAAGAGCCUUUGGCAGAAUGUGGCACAUCAAGGUACCUUCAUGGAAGAAUUUAAUUCGGGAAAGCAAUUUGUUCGUUACAUCAAUAUGCUCAUAAAUGACACCACCUAUUUGCUGGAUGAAAGUCUAGAUUCUCUCAAACGCAUCCAUGAGGUACAAGAAGAAAUGAAGAACAAAGAGCGCUGGGAUUCAUUGCCCAGAGAUCAGCAACAAAGUCGGCAAUCACAGCUGACACAGGAUGAACGUGUCUCCCGCUCGUACCUUGCUCUUGGGGCGGAAACAGUAGAUAUGUUCCAUUAUCUCACCAAACAAGUACAAAAACCUUUCCUAAGACCUGAACUUGGCCCACGCCUAGCUGCCAUGUUAAAUUUUAACCUGCAGCAACUAUGUGGACCGAAAUGUCGCGAUCUAAAGGUAGAGAAUCCAGAGAAAUAUGGUUUUGAACCAAAGAAGCUUUUGGAUCAGCUGACAGAUAUUUACCUGCAUUUAGACUGCCCCCGGUUUGCAAAAGCAAUUGCUGAUGAUCAGCGAUCAUACAGUAAAGAAUUAUUUGAUGAGGUGAUUUCAAAAAUGAGGAAAGCAGGAAUUAAAUCAACAAUAGCUAUUGAAAAAUUUAGACUUCUGGCAGAAAAAGUGGAAGAAAUAGUUACAAAGAAUGCCCGUGCAGAAAUUGACUAUGGAGAUGCACCAGAUGAAUUCAGAGAUCCUUUGAUGGAUACUCUGAUGAAUGAUCCUGUGAAACUACCCUCUGGGACCAUAAUGGACCGUUCCAUUAUUUUAAGACACUUGCUGAAUUCACCAACAGAUCCAUUUAACCGUCAACACCUGACAGAGAAUAUGUUGGAGCCAGUGCCUGAACUGAAGGAAAAGAUCCAUGCCUGGAUGAAAGAGAAGCAACAUGCAAAUCGUUCUUCACAGUGAAGUGUUACUUAUGUGGAAUACAAUGAGAAAAGAUGUGUAUUUGUGAACUUAGACCACCAGAUUAUUAAGACCCAAAAGCAAAUCUGCUCAACACUGAGGCUCUGCAGGCUACGUCUGCUGCACUGAUAUUAAAAAGGGUGAACUGAACACAUUAGAAAAAUGUUAUGUCUCUGUAAAUAAAUCUAAUUUAAAGAACAAAAAUAGUUAAAAGGAGAAAAGUUCAGAGGUGUUGGGUACAAUUUAGAAUACCUUUUUCAGUACAGCUACACGUGACCAAUUGCCUUGCGGCAAUUUUGAGACAAAAACGGUCUGAGCAAACAAUGUUUUUUUUAAAAUGACUGUGUAUUAACAGAAGAUGGCUGUAUUUUAGGUUGACGUUAUUACUGUAUCUUGCGACCAGUCGCUGCUAAAGGGACUGUUUUGUUUGCUGCACUAAAUGUUUCUCAAAACCAAAGUAAUGCACAGGCCCUUUCCCUAAAAUCUGAUGUUUUAAUUAUGAGGCAUAAUCAGUUGGCUCACAUGAUUAAUGGUGAGACUGCUGAAUUCUAUUUGUUUACCAUUAACUUAUAUUUUUGUCUCUAGAUUUUCUCCCCCUCCCCACCUCCCUGACACCAAUGCAUAGGCUUUUGUGCAAACUCUGUAGCAAGCGAGGUUAUGGAUUUCCUCCAUUUCUGCUGAACCAUGUUCUAUGACCAUCAUUUUUUUUCCACAGUCUGAUCUGCAUUAUUGGAAUAUUUUGAUUGCAAUAAGGCUUUUUUUUUUAAGAGGGAUUUUCUCCGAGAAAGUACUUCAGUCCAGCUGCUGUUGGAUUGCCUUCCUCUCCCUGAGGACCUUUUACUGCUACAGCACACUAGAGGGCACUCUUGUUUGCCAGGAGUUCCUUCAGCCUUAUAUCAAUGUGUUUUAACUAGUAUAUAGUUGGUGCCACUUCAGUGACUACCUGAUAAGUGAAUAAAAAUGCAAACUCCAAAUUCUUUUUUUCUAUCGGCCCUGUUGUAUUCACUUCUUCUGUUACAUUAAUUAGAGCUUUUAAUUCUUUGUAAGUUGACUACAUUUUCUACAUUCUGUGUAAUUUGCUGCGAAGCUUGUUAUUUCAACAGUCCUGAAUUGCAGCAAGUUGAGGUAAUGUGAAGUUACUUUGCAUUAUGGAAAAUCUUCUUUGCAAAUUAAAUAAAGUAUGCAAGAAAAAUCCCAAAUUACAAAUGAUUUCCAAAUAACUGAGUUGUUCACAGUUCCACAAAAACGCUUCGAUUGAAGAAUUGACUGUUGCCAUUUCUGUAUCUGACAAUUUAGAAAUCAUCUGGUAUCACUGGAAUAUCUUGAUGUUCUUUUAAACUGCUGCACUGUGACAUUUGCAAAUCUGCAUGGAUCCAGUUAUAGUAACAAAACGUGACUAGCCACCGUUUCCUUUCAGUGCAACAGCAUCUUUGUUAACAGGAAAAGGAAAUCCAGUUAUCAGGUUCGAGCAUGUGGGCAUGUUGCUGUACUUGUAUAGUGAUCAGUGUUGUGCUGCUGUACAUCAAUUGCAAGCCUUUGCUAUAACUGUGAAUGAUGAGUGCUCUGCUGCAUAACACCUUUAGUCUCGAAAUUGUAAUUGUCUAGCUUAAUUCUUUUUGCAGUGAAGUCUGUAAAUGUGCAAAAUCAUUACAGAACAGCAAUAAGUGGAGGCCACAGUACAAAAUGCUGUCAAAGGGAGCUAGAAUUUUAUUAUAACUUUAUACAGAAUGUGCACUUAUCCCUACCAUUCUUAGCACGUUCAGUACUUCUGUUCCUACCAAUUUUCCGUUCAAGGAUGUCCAUUUCAUUUUAGUUGCCUGCAGCUUGUUUCUUCAAAUUCAUUUGUCAGAUCUGCUGAGCAUAAGUUUUUCUGGCAAAUAUUUUACCAUGCUCUUAGAUUUCAAAUCUGGUUUUACACUUUUCAAAUUGUACUGAUUCUUAACUUUAGCGGUAUGUUCUAAUGCAAUGUACUUGAGUGACAAAGAGGAAGAUAGCCAAAGGGUUAAUUGAGGAAGUGUUAAAAUUGCCGGCUGUAAAAUCGGAUGAUUUUCAUUGCAAAACUCCAGCAAGCAUAUGUCCUAAUGUAUGAUAGUCCACUUAAUCCUGUGCAAGCAAUUUUAGGGUUCUGAGCCCAUUUCUGUACUUAACAUCUGUGUACUUCUGCCCUAAUUCUAGAUUAAGUAAAUAUUGUCACAUCAAAAGCUGGUCAUUUACAUCUCACCAUUAUAUAAAUUAACAUCUGUUGAUAGCUCUGUGCAAAAUUUGAAAAUGUACACUAAAUCUGUAUGUUGCAAGUCUAUAAAAUAUCUUGAAAGAAAACCUGGAAUUCAGCAAUAAAAGUGUAAAAUGGUGGAAAUACACAGCCCUCUCAGCGAUGUUAGUAAAAAGAGAAGACAGGCCAAUGUUUGAGGUGUCCAUCCUGCUAACUUAUCCAGGGAUUUGAACCUGCCUUGUCUCUAAAUCCUACCUGGCCGGCUCUGCAUUUCUACCCCUUUUAUAUUGUUUUUGAGAUGCCUAAAUUUAGCUUUGACAAUCGUGGAAUAUAAAUCUGGUUUCAUAAAGGACUUAUCCAAUCGGCAUUAAUGACUCUCUCUCUUUUUGAAUGGUUAAACUGGUAUUCUAGCUGUUUUAGUAGAGUGUCUUGCCCCACGUGUUGCAAUAGCAGUUCAACAAGAAGGGAACAGCGCACUGUCCUGGAUAGAGUAUUCUCACAUCAUGUCAGCUAUGGCUCAGGGUAGCACACUCGCUGCCGAGUCAGAUGAUGGAGUUCAAGUCACAUUUCAGAGACUUAAGUCCAACAAUUGCAGGUCAGCAAGUAUUAUAACUUGGAAUAUAAAGGAUGAAUCUUUUUAACUUGCUACUGGCCUUGUCCCUGCCCCUGUCCCUUCAAUUAGAAUAUUUAAACAUAAAAUGCUUUUGCUAAAGGUUGUAUGUUUUCUACAGCAGCUGUGUUACACACAUUAGGACUAGAUUAUUAAACAAAGAAAUUUAGACUAAGUAUUUUAUUAAGUGAAUCUAGUGCAUUUUUUUCAUUUUGUCCUUUUCAGAAUCACCUGUUUAAUCUUUUGAGCCAAAAUUUGUUGGCGUGGCCAGAUGUUGGCUUCUGUUUACUCUUUAAAUGGGAAGGAAGCUGUUCAGAUAAAGAACAUGUAAGGUGGCUUUGUGCAAGUUAUAUAGCCCGAUCUUAAAACUACUACUGAUUAUAAUGUAGUUAGUAAUAUGUGAGGCAAAGUCUAUCCUUUUCCAGUUCAGACAUGCAACAUGCACAACAGUCUGUUGUUAAUUUCACCUAAACUUGGAAAUUCAUUUUUGUAAUUUUAUAAAAUUUUGAGGUGGCCUGUUGAGAAAAUAGAUGACCUCUUCUAAUUCAGAACCUUUCUCCAGAUAAUACAAUUCAAAUAUAUGACUACCCAUAAUGUCCCAGCCAUCCAGAAUUAACAUUUUGACCAAAUGUAGACAUUCAUGGAUUUCUAACUGCUGCUUUGUUCAGUUUCCCCCUUUUUUAAAUUCAAGGCCUUAUUUAUUUUAGAAACUGUACCAGUGUAGUUGUGUAAAAGACAAUUGAGACCAUCCAUGACUUGAAAGAAUUAAAAUUUGUUUAAGAUUGUCAGAUAUGUUGUAUAAGGUAAUUUGCACUCCUUCAGCCAACUAAAAUGAUACCAUGAUAUUGUGAUUUGUAUUUACCUAUCCUUUAUACUCCAGUAUUGUUAAACUGGAAAUUCUAGCUCUGCAGCAAGUAAACGAGGAAAUUUAACAGCUAUGUUGUCCAGUUAGAAUUUGCAUUUUUUUGGUAAUAUCAUAUUGCCCCUAACUAUAGGCACUUGAAUUUCUGGUUUAUUUCUUAUUUUAAAAAGCUGGAAGUUUUCUUUGAUUAUGACAGCAUUUAUUAGAAAACAGCUGUUUUUAAAUGAUAAGCCUGCUCGAAAUGGUAAUUCGUAUAGACUUCUGAUUGCUUCCAAUCCUUUGAAUUCCAAUAAAUGGUGGUAUACAUUUCAAAUACAAAAUGGUAUCAUUGUCUUCUGCUGAGUUGGAGACUCUUCAUUCUGUUUUUGAAGCCAAAUAUAUUUGCAUUUUAGUGACUCUGAACUGGAUUCCUUGCAUAAUUCUUUGCUUGUCUGUGUCUUCAUUGUUCUGUAGACUGCAUGUGACACUAUUUCUUCCUGAGCUAUGGCCAACUUGCACACCACAUUCAUGUCUCAUUUUAGAAUAGUUGUAGAAUUUAUUAGAUUUAACCUUCCUCUUCAAACUUCUGUUUCAAGGUUUGAUCUAACUUGAGCAGUGGCAGGCAAAGAAUGACCAAAGUUGUAUAUAUGCGACUGAUUCUUCUGCAUUAUUUAGUACUAAAAUGAAAGAUGCAGUAACUGUUACCCAACUCUCUUUUCACAAGUCUGUGACAGGGAUGAGUAAUUCCUUC